AUGGAGCAGGAGUCCGAGGGGGCAGGCCACGACCUCCUCAUGGGGUCAGCCCAACAACCUCUACCCCCAAACCUGUACCUGCUGCCCUUUGUCAGCCCCACCACCCUUAUCCCCAGCCCUGUGCCAGCCACCCCGACAUCUACCCGCCACCCCCGGGUCAGCCCCACCACCUCUAUCCCCGGCCCUGUGCCAGCACCCCCAACAUCUACCCGCCGCCCCCGGGUCAGCCCCAACACCUCUAUCUCUGGCCCUGUGCCAGCCCCCGACAUCUACCCGCUGCCCCCAGGUCAGCCCCACCACCUUAUCCCCGGCACUGUGCCAAUUCCCCCGACAUCUACCUACCGCCCCCGGGUCAGCCCCAACACCUCUAUCUCUGGCCCUGUGCCAGCCCCCCCGACAUCUACUCGCUGCCCCCUGGUCAGCCCCACCACCUUAUCCCCGGCCCUGUGCCAGUCCCCCCGACAUCUACCUGCUGCCCCCGGGUCAGCCCCACCACCUCUAUCCCCGGCUCUGUCCAGCCCCCCCACCCUGACAUCUACCCGCCGCCCCCGGGUCAGCCCCACCACCUUAUCCCCGGCCCUGUGCCAGCCCCCCCGACAACUACCCACAGUCCCCGGGUCAGCCCCACCACUUCUGUCGCCAGCCCUGUGCCAGCCCUCCGACAUCUACCCGCCGCCCCCGGGUCAGCCCCAACACCUCUAUCUCCGGCUCUGUACCAGCCCCCCCAACAUCUACCCGCUGCCCCCGGGUCAGCCCCAACACCUCUAUCUCCGGCCCUGUGCCAGCCCCCCCUCGACAUCUACCUGCCGCCCCCAGGUCAGCCCCAACACCUCUAUCUCCGGCCCUGUGCCAGCCCCCCCCCGACAUCUACUCGCCGUCCCCAGGUCAGCCCCAACACCUUAUCCCCGGCCCUGUGCCAGCCUCCCUGACAUCUACCCGCCACCCCCGGGUCAGCCCCAACAUCUCUAUCUCCGGCCCUGUGCCAGCCCCCCCGACAUCUACCCGCCGCCCCCGGGUCAGCCCCAACACCUCUAUCUCCGGCCCUGUGCUAGCCCCCCCGACAUCUACCCGCCACCCCCGGGUCAGCCCCAACAUCUCUAUCUCCAGCCCUGUGCCAGCCUCCCUGACAUCUACCCGCCGCCCCCGGGUCAGCCCCAACACCUCUAUCUCCGGCCCUGUGCCAGCCCCCCCGACAUCUACCCGCCACCCCCGGGUCAGCCCCAACACCUCUAUCUCCGGCCCUGUGCCAGCCCCCCCUCGACAUCUACCUGCCGCCCCCAGCCCCCCCUCGACAUCUACCUGCCGCCCCCAGGUCAGUCCCAACACCUCUAUCUCCGGCCCUGUGCCAGCCCCCCCAACAUCUACUCGCCACCCCCGGGUCAGCCCCAACAUCUCUAUCUCCGGCCCUGUGCCAGCCCCCCCGACAUCUACCCGCCGCCCCCGGGUCAGCCCCAACACCUCUAUCUCCGGCCCUGUGCCAGCCCCCCCGACAUCUACCCGCCACCCCCGGGUCAGCCCCAACACCUCUAUCUCCGGCCCUGUGCCAGCCCCCCCUCGACAUCUACCUGCCGCCCCCAGGUCAGUCCCAACACCUCUAUCUCCGGCCCUGUGCCAGCCCCCCCAACAUCUACUCGCCACCCCCGGGUCAGCCCCAACAUCUCUAUCUCCGGCCCUGUGCCAGCCCCCCCGACAUCUAACCGCCGCCCCCGGGUCAGCCCCAACAUCUCUAUCUCCAGCCCUGUGCCAGCCUCCCUGACAUCUACCCGCCACCCCCAAACCGGGGGACACCGCGCUCACCCGAACCUUUGCAGAGCUCCGACUCCCCCUCCCCGCUACCAGGUCAUACUCCGGUGGCUUCUGUCCCCGCCCCAGAAACAGCCUGAGCUCCGCCCGCGAAGAGCCGCCCCAAGGGGAGCACAGCCAGAUCAUAGAAAGGGCGGCUAG